AUGGCGGACAAACUCGCCGAAGCUGAAGAGCUUGUAAAGAAGGCUCAAAAAUGCAUGAAGACAUCAUUCCUCAAAUGGUCACCCGAUGUUGAUAGUGCAAUAGAUUAUUAUAAGAAGGCGAUUGUAAUUUAUCGUAAUUUAAAAAAACUUCAAGAAGCAGCUGAGUUAAAUUUGAAGAUUGCUGAACUACAUGGCCAAAAUUGUUCAUUUUUUCAUUGUGCAAAGGCAUAUGAAUCUGCUGCCUUGUUGUAUCGCGACUUAGGUGAUUAUAAAAAAGUUAUUGACUGCCUUGGAACUGCUGGACAAAUUAUGAGACAAAACGGUGUUCCUGAUUCAGCAACCACCCUUUAUAGCAAAGGAGCAAAGUUGCUAGAAACUGCUCAACCUGAAGAUUCAGCUCGCUUUUAUGACCAUGCUGCGGAAACCUCCGAAGUAGCAAUCUCUGAUACCUCAGAUGAUGCCACCCAAACUGCUUAUCAAGUCUGUGGAAAGGCCGUUGUCGUUCUGGUGAUUGUUAAGCUCAUCCAGGAGGAUUCCGUCGCCGCAAACAAGGUAUAUGGAGAGGCUUUGGAGAAGUAUCGUUUUGGAGAGACAGAUGACGCAAUGCCUGUUGCACGGUUAAUUCAAAUCUACGAAUCCUAUGAUUCUGCGGCCGCAACCGAAAUACUCUCUCAGCCUACCUUCCGAAAUCUUGAGACCGAGUUUGCUCGUCUCGCCCGUACAAUAAAGUUCCCUAAAGAGCUUGAAGGCGCAACGGAAGGUCAGGCUGGGAGUGGAGAAUUAGAGGAUAUAUGCUAA